AUGAUCAUGGAAACCAUCUUGUGUGGCAGCACCGGUGGGUUACGUGGGCCCCAGGCAACAACCAUCCCUCAGUGCAGAUGUGUCCGCUACGAGCAAGCGGGGAUCACCAGAGCGACGCUUCCCGAGGGCAUGCAAAUUGUAGGUGAUGAUGACGGAGGAAAAAUCUUUACCCCUGAGGAAUAUGAGGAGUACAAAAGAAAAGUAUUACCCAUUCGGUUACAGAACAGGUUGUAUGUGAGCUGGAGAUCACCAACUGGCAUGGACUGUAAGCUUGUUGGACCAGAGACACUGUGCUUUUGUACUCACCGGUAUAAACAACACAAAACGGACUACGAAGUGAUUCCUAAGGACCGUCCUAUUUGUGUUCCGUGUCGAGUGAGCCGCUGUCAGUGCCAGUCCUAUCACUACGUUCCUCUAAAUGGCACACAGCCCAUCCGCUGUAGAUGCAAACACUUUGCUGAUCAGCACAGUGCAGCGCCUGGAUUUUCGUGCAACUCUUGUUCCAAGUGUUCGGGAUUUCACAGUUGCUUUACCUGUGGAUGUGGUCAGCCAACGUAUGCACACGAAACAGUAGUGGAAACUAAACAAGAGCGGUUAGCCCAAGGAAAGCCUGUGGGUCAAGACGUUCCUUAUGCUGCUAUGGGGGGACUGACUGGUUUUAGCUCACUAGCAGAGGGCUACGUGAGGCUUGAUGACAGCGGAAUAGGAGCUCCUUCUGCUGAACUUCUAGAAUCCCCUGUAACCAGCAUGGAUCAUCCAUUUCUAAAAGCAUUUCAGGGACCUUCUAGUUCUACUCAAAACAUCUCACAGAUAGCAGGUUGUUCUACUGCCAUGAUGCAAGUGUCUCAUGAAGGGCGUUCAGAAGAAGAUGACAUGGCUUAUUUUGAAAAACGUUAUCAGGAACGGCUGAAAAAGGAGAAGGCUGCUAAACAAACGGAGAAAAGUCCAGUGCGAUCAAAGAAGCCAUGAGAUUAAUGAGGAAAUAUUUAUUAUGUGGAACAGUGCUAAUUGCUGUACUGAAGAGUAUUUUUCACUGCACCUGCUUUUACUUCAUUUCUUUAUUUGGUUUUGUU